CCCAACUCUUUUUUCCACCAAAAAGAGUAGAUAUUGAUUACAAGAAUCUUGCGUUACAUGGCAAUUUUUCUCAUUUUUAUGCCUUUCGAUCAAUAUUGAGGUCCUCGCUAAUAGCAGUCACUUUGGAAAAAGUUCGACUUGCCAUAUUUGGAUAUCCACGAUUUAUGGCAGCUUUUUUUGUCGUUUCCUGGUGCUUCUUUGCUGCUGUACAUUACCAUGAAUUCCUGGGCGAAGCAAUGUUUGGUCUCGAACUUACAAAUCAUUGAAUCCCGCACGUUUCCUACGUUUCUGCGUCAGCAACAUGCGGCCGUGCAACUGCGAAGGAACCUUUGUAUUGCCACGCAUAAGAUCACUCCUCGAUCGCUUGAUCAUUCACCUUGUCAAUCUCUUAUCCUUUCAAGAUCAGCGGCAUCAAAUGCUCAACCUCACUGCUAUACAAACACUCGAUCGUUUUCCAGUUCGUCAAAAAAGAUUGUGGCUGAUGAUCAGAAACAAAAGCCGAAAAAACGGCAGACGUGGUCCCGACGAAAAUUUGUGAAUAUCGAAGCGGCCGAAACACGACCGAAUAAGCAUCUUUAUACCAUGCCCAGAGACGCUUAUGGAGCUUCGGACCGAGUAAAGGAAUUGUUAAGAGUCUCCAAGCUUAGUGAUUCUAUUGAAUUUGUCAAUUGUCUGCCUGCACGUCUACAAUCAACUGUGGUGUGGAAUCAGCUACUGGGUUAUUGUGCCCAACAUGGUCGAUCCACAGCAGCGAAAACCAUUUUCGCAAAGAUGCGGAAACAUGGUUUAGAACCUACCGAUACCACGCUCACCUAUAUGAUCUCCACUUUUGGCAAGAGCACUUCGGCGGACGCCGUGGCGCAAGCGGAAGCAUGGUUCAAUUCGAUCAAGUUUUACGGCAUGGAACCCAGCCCCUACCACGUCACUGCUUUAUUACAAGUGUACCAAAAGGCGCACGACAAUAACAAGGCUCUGAACUUAAUUGACGAGAUCUUGGGGGAUGGAUCGUAUCCUGCAGAUGCAGCCACUUAUACCACGGCUUUCCAAGUGUGUGGGGCUUUGAAGGAAGACCGUGCUAUUCAAUACGUACGAAACCUGUGGUCCAAACUGAUGAAGCAACAGCCGCAUUAUUUGCAACAGACACAACUAUCCGGCCUGGCAUUGAAAGCGGCCUAUAUCAGCGAACAAGAAGAUGCCCUGAAAGUGAAGGCGCAACAAGAAAACUUGAAGAUUGACAAUGGAAUCGUCGUGAGUUUUUUGAAUGCGCUCGGUCGCACGGCACGGACAAAGGAGGACGUGUGGUUCGGUGUGGAUGCCAUUGAUCGGUUGUACUUUUUGCGAGUUCCCGAAGGCAACAAGCUGGCCCGCAGAUUCGGUCAAGACGUAAGGCAGGACCGACCGGCGACGAUGACGCCUUUAGUGGACUCACCCAACGUUGCGGCGUUGAAUGCGAUUCUCAUCUUUUGUAUGUACCGCAGACAAUAUGAAAUGGGAGACCAGUAUUACCAUGCCUUCUUUAAACGAUUUCCCCACUUGCAACCGGAUGACAGAUUAGAUUCAUUGCAUCAACGCAUCAAGGACGAAUUGGAAAGAGUAGAGAAACAAAAAGCAUGAGAAAAAAAAAGUACAAAGCAUGAAUUUAUAAUAGACGAAUGAUGAAAAUGAAUAAAUGA